CCUUGCAGAUCCUUGCGUUCUCCUUGCCUUGUCUAUAAUGCAUCACACUAUCUAUUUAUUUAUACUAUCACAACUUCUUAUAGAUCUUGUUAUAUGUACUUCCGAAGAACCUGAGGUAACCUUUGAAAAGUUGUAUAAAUAUGGCAAAAUUGAGUACACGAAAGGUAAUUGGAACGAUUGUAUUGCGUUUUUUCUUCGGUCAAUCGAGGAUUUUGAUUAUUUUGUCGAAGAAAAUGUGUGGUGUCGUGAGAAGUGCGCACGAGAGCAUAAAAUAAAUGGGCAGACAGAAUUGGAAGAUGCCGGAAAAGAUAUUGUGGAGAUAGCAAUGAUGUACGCAAAUGCGCAACAUGCAUUAUGCUUAUUCCGGUGUAAAAAUGACCGGUUAACAUCGAUGAGACCUCCAGUAAAUGAUCCUGAUGUUUUCGAAGAAUUCCAGGCCCGAAGGCCAUAUCAGUACCUACAAAUUUGUUACUGGAAGCAAAAAGAUUUGGCAUCAGCCGUAAGAAGCGCCUAUACAUAUUUGGUGGCAAAUCCCAAAGAUCAGGAAACGUUGGAUAAUUUAGCUUUUUACAUGGAACAAGACGGGUAUCAUGAAGAUAUGCUUAUUGAUGCCCGACAAAUGAAAUAUGAGGCAAGCUAUAUGCGAGGUGUCAAAGCAUACAACGAUGGAGACUGGCAGUUAUGUGUUAAUGAAUUCGAAACUUCAGUGAAACAAUUUUUUGACGAGGAGCAAAAGUGUCGGCAUAUUUGCGAGGAUAAAUUAAACUGGGAAACGUUUGAUAGUGCCAAUCCGGAAAUCACUAUUAUCGUUACAAGUAUAUAUUUAUCAGUACUGCGAUGUAAACAUGACUGUGUUAAGAAGUUGUCACGGGUAAAUGGUCAUGAUAUCGGGUUCAUUCUUCCAACAUACUUCGAAUAUCUUCAUGUUUGCUACUAUAAGUUGAAUCGGGGAAGAGAUGUAUGCGAAGCCGUUGCAAAUAGCAUUCUGCUGAAUCCAAGCAACCCCAUCAUGCGGCGUAACAGGCUCUUCUAUUCUAAAACAUAUAGGAGUGAUGAUCUUUUCAAACCUUCUGAUGAAAUUAUCGAAUUCCAUAAGCGGUAUGCAAUUGAACGACUGUUCUUGGAGUUCGUCGAUGAGCGUUUCAAGUUCGAGAACAAUGAGGUACGGAUAAUUUAUGUUUGCUGUUAAAGAAUAGAAGACGGUCUUAUACAUAGUCUUCCGGUUACUAUCAGCAUCAAUGCAAAAGCAUAAUUGAGCAUGACGGUAAUUUGCAGCUACCCGCAGAAAGAGUAGAUGAUCGUCUUCCGCUGGAUACAACCAUACCAAUUAACGAUGAUUUUGACUAUUCUGCCAUUGAAAAGGACUUGUUCACUGAGGGAGAAUGCUCGGCACUAGCAAUAGCGGCUAUAUUCGAAACAAAAACAGCACAACAAAAACAGUUAUUAAUCGAUCUCAGUGAUCGAAUAGCGUCACGGUAUAGAACCAGAAUUCUGUACCAUUCUCUCACUUGUUCCCCAGAUACCACUGCACCGAAAUGUCCUCACCAUUCACUGAUUGUGUCCAUAGAUCGUUCAAGUUGUGGUACAUUCUUAACUGAUCCAAACUCCUGUGUACUCAUUUUUUGCGUUGAGUAGAUGACAGUGACCACUUCGCUAUUCUAAUAAGAGGCAUUUGCAUAAAGUCGAAUAUCCAUAAAAAUCUCU